AUGUCGCUGAUCGUCAAGCUCGUCGCCCUGGCUCUGGUCUGCCAGAUUGCGCUCGCCAUCAAGUGCGACGACAACAACGGAGGAAAGGUCGACUGCGGCGCCGGAUGCAACUUCUGCCAAUCCGUCGUCAGCCCCGUCGGCCCGGAAUUCCACGCUGGAUGCGGCUGCGGUGACCAGUCCCUCCUGAAGGCCCAGAAGAAGUUCAAGUUCUCCGAUUGCACGGCCGAAGGAGAGACGUCCAACGAUCAGAACCAGAAGCGCUGCUGCACCAAGAAAGACCGUUGCGACCUCGGAAUCAGCUUG